AUGGUGCUGGAAGUCAUCUAUAUUGUGCGUCAUGGGUUCCGAUCCAAUUGGGUCGUUGACCCUGCAACCGGCACAUAUCGAGCAAACAUUCCAUCUCCCACAGGAAUCCCAUCGGACCCAGCGCUCGCUGGCUAUGGCGUACUUCAAGCUCAACAGCUUGGUGACCAUCUCAUGAAAGUGGAUCCGCCCGUCGACCUUAUCUACAGCUCUCCGUUCUAUCGUUGUCUCCAGACGCUUCUCCCCUUCGUCAAGGCUCGCGUCGCUCGAGAUGGCAAAGACAAGAUUCGAGUGCACGUCGAGCGCGGAGUGGGAGAAUUCUAUGGCUUAGCACGAUUCGACCACCCGUCGCCUGCACCGAUCGGGGAGCUGCGGCGACAUUUUGAGCACCUCGAAACAGACGCUGAGCCGAUCAUCACUCCUUCUACAAAGGGCGAGAGUAUCCCUCAAUUGCACGAACGAUUGGCUUACUGUCUGCAACAUCUCAUUCACCGAGCAGACACGGACCCCAACGGCCCCAAGGCCCUACUGAUCUGCUGUCACGCUGCAACAAUGAUCGCAUUGGGUCGGGUCUUGACCGGUCGCAUGCCCGAAGAUAUCUCAGCGGAUGACUUUCAAUGCUACACGUGCAGCUUCAGCAAGUUUGAUAGACGUACAAAGGAGAAAAAUGCAUCGAUCCCUGAUUCAUCAUGGAGCCCAGAUACGCCAGAGCAGAUUCCAAACAUAGGUUGGAAGAAUGGUGCUGGAAUAGCGGGUGGCUGGGACUGCUCAGUCAACGCCGAUUGUUCCUUUCUGGCAGGCGGUGCGGAGCGAGGCUGGUGA